AUGGGGCUUGAAAUAAUUAACUCUGGAUUGAUUUCUCAGACAGCUCUCCUCAUGGACACAAACACGACUCUUUUCCAACACAACCAGAGCAACUUGACCUGCUCCCGUGACAAUGUCUUGAAGACAGUGGUUUUUCCUGUCCUCUACUCAAUCAUGUUCCUGGCGGGGCUGUCUCUCAACGGCCUGGCGGUGUGGGUGUUCCUGCGUAUCCCCUCGCGCUCCCACUUCAUCAUCUACCUAAAAAAUAUUGUGGUUGCCGACGUCAUCAUGACCUUCACUUUCCCUUUCAAGGUGUUAUCAGACUCCAACAUGGCAUCCAUUGGUCUGCGAAUAUUCGUGUGCCGGGUGUCCUCGGUGCUUUUCUACCUCACCAUGUACAUCAGCAUCCUCUUCUUUGGCCUCAUCAGCAUUGACCGCUGCAGGAAAACCCUUGCACCAUUCAAAGGCACCAACGCCGCAAGGCUCACCCGCAGGAAAUUCCUCUCCACUGCAAUGUGGAUAUUCCUCCUGGCUCUCUGUCUGCCUAACAUGAUCCUAACCCGUAAGACGCCAAGGUCACGAUAUUUCAAGUGCAACGAUCUGAAGGGCCACACUGCGCUGUACUGGCAUGCGGUGGUUAACCAUGUGUGUCAGGUUAUCUUCUGGGGGAACCUCUUGAUUGUAAUCUUGUGCUACACUCUAAUCACCAAAGAGUUGUACAAGUCCUACUCGCGCACCAAGGCUCACAGCCCUGGGGACUGCAGGGCAUCAGCAAAGCAGAAGCAACAGGCUAAGAGGAAGAUGAACACCAAUGUUUUCCUGGUCCUGGCUGUGUUCUUCGUGUGCUUUGUGCCAUUCCACUUUGCCCGAGUGCCGUACACCCUGAGCCAGACUCAGGGCGUCCUCUUUGACUGCCGGCUCAAGCUCUUCCUCUUCCAGCUCAAAGAGAGCACGCUCUUUCUAUCAUCACUCAACUCCCUCUUGGACCCACUCAUCUACUUCUUUCUUUGCAAGUCGUUCAGGACCACCCUGUUCAAGACACUGAGGUUGCCUGCUGGAACCUGCAGCUGGUUGCUAGACAGGGGCUCAGACACUGAUACUAGCAGCACCGCCCUCAGAGACGCCGCUGUGUUUGGCAGAGGUGGACCGGCAGGGCAGUAA